AUAGCAAUCAGCUAGAAGCAUCCACCCCUCAGGGUGGCUUCACCCACUUCCUGGCCAUCGUAGAGACCAAAUGGUUCCCGGGGAUAUAGCCCUUUGUCCACUGGUCAGCUAGUGACUUUGGGAUCCAGUUUGAUAAGAAACAACUUCCUGUGGUAGAGACUGAAGGGAUGAGAAAGAAGGCACUGGCCCAGUUCUGCCUGGGAGGUUGUGGGAGGAGAAGUAUGGCCAGAGUUGUGCACCCACUGCAUACCCUCUGGCUUCUGGAGUUGGUGCUGCUGCUCUUGGGACCUAGUGUUACCCCUCCAGGCUGGGCCUUGAACUUGGACCCGGUGCGGCUAACCUUCUAUGCAGGCCCCAACAGCAGCCAUUUUGGAUUUGCAUUGGAUUUCCACAAGGACAGCCAUGGGAGCGUGGCCAUCGUGGUGGGCGCCCCGCGGACCUUGGGCCCCAGCCAGGAGGAGACUGGUGGCGUGUACCUGUGUCCCUGGAAGGCCGAAGGCGGCCCCUGCACCUUGCUGCCCUUCGACCUCAGUGAUGAGACCCAAAACGUGGGAUCCCAGACUUUCAAAACCUUCAAGACCCGGCAAGGACUGGGGGCGUCUGUCGUCAGCUGGAACGACAUCAUUGUGGCCUGCGCCCCCUGGCAGCACUGGAACGUUCUAGAAGAGACUGAAGAGGCUGAAAAGACGCCCGUAGGGGGCUGCUUCAUAGCUCAGUCUCAAAGCGGCCGUCGCGCGGAGUAUUCGCCCUGUCGGGCCAACACCAUGAGCCACGUUUACGCAGAAACGAAUUUUGGAGACAGGCGCUACUGCGAAGCGGGCUUCAGCUCCGCGGUCACCCAGGCCGGGGAGCUGGUGCUUGGGGCCCCUGGCGGCUAUUUUUUCUUAGGCCUUCUGUCUCGGGCUCCAAUUGCCGAUAUCAUCUCGAGUUACCGCCCGGGCACUCUUCUGGGGCAUGUGUCCACCCAGAGCUUCUCCUUCGACUCCAGCAAGAGAGAGUACUUCGACAGCUACAAGGGGUACUCUGUGGCCGUGGGCGAGUUCGACGGGGAUCUCAGCACCACAGAGUAUGUCUUUGGCGCCCCGACUUGGAGCUCCACGCUGGGAGCGGUAGAAGUUUUGAGCUCCUACUACCAGACGCUGCACCGGCUACACGGAGAGCAGAUGGCUUCGUAUUUCGGGCACUCCGUGGCGGUCACUGACGUCAAUGGGGACGGGCGGCAUGACCUGCUGGUGGGUGCCCCACUGUAUAUGGAGAGACGGGCCGACCGCAAGCUGGCGGAGGUGGGGCGUGUGUACUUGUACCUACAGCCCGGAGGCCUCCACCCGCUGGGCAACCCCAGCCUCCUGCUGACUGGCACACAGCUCUAUGGGAGAUUUGGCUCAGCCAUUGCGCCCUUGGGAGACCUCAACCGGGAUGGCUACAAUGAUGUUGCUGUGGCUGCUCCCUAUGGGGGCCCUGGUGGCCGGGGCCAGGUGCUGGUGUUCCUGGGUCAGAGUGAGGGACUGAGUUCCCGCCCUUCCCAGACCCUGGACAGCCCCUUCCUCAAAGGCUCUGGCUUUGGCUUCUCCCUGCGAGGUGCCGUAGACAUCGAUGACAACGGAUACCCAGACCUGCUGGUAGGAGCGUAUGGGGCUGACAAGGUGGCUGUGUAUAGAGCUCAGCCAGUGGUGAUGGCCACAGUCCAGCUGCUGGUGCAAGAUUCGCUGAACCCUGCUGUGAAGAACUGUAUCCUGCCCAAGACCAAGAUACCAGUGACCUGUUUCAAUAUCCAGAUGUGUGUGGGAGCCACCGGCUACAACAUUCCUCAGAAGCUGUACCUCAAUGCUGAGCUGCAGCUGGACAGGCAGAAGCCCCGCCAGGGCCGGCGGGUGCUCUUGUUGGUCUCUCAACAGGCAAGCCUCACCUUGACCUUGGACCUGGGCGGAAGGCACAGCCCCAUCUGCCACACCACCACAGCCUUCCUUCGAGACGAGGCAGACUUCCGGGACAAGCUGAGCCCCAUCGUGCUUAGUCUCAAUGUGUCCCUGAAGCUCGAGGAGGCUGCAGUGGCUCCUGCUCUUGUGCUGUAUGGAGACACUCAUGUCCAGGAGCAGACCCGCAUCAUCCUGGACUGUGGGGAAGAUGACCUGUGCGUGCCCCAGCUUCAGCUCACGGCCAGUGUGAAAGGCGCCCCGCUCCUAAUUGGAGCCGAUAACGUGCUGGAGCUACAGAUAGAUGCGGCCAACGAGGGCGAGGGGGCCUACGAAGCAGAGCUGGCCAUGCACCUGCCCCCAGGUGCCCACUACAUGCGGGCCGUCAGCAACCUUGAGGGUUUUGAGAGGCUUAUCUGUAACCAGAAGAAGGAGAAUGAGUCCAAGGUGGUGCUGUGUGAGCUGGGCAACCCCAUGAAGAGGAACACCCGGAUAGGAAUCAUGAUGUUGGUGAGUGUGGGGAACCUGGAAGAGGCUGGGGAGCACGUGUCCUUCCGGCUGCAGCUCAGGAGCAAGAACAGCCAGAAUCCAAACAGCGAGACUGUCCUGCUGGCUGUGCCAGUGCGGGCAGAUGCCCAAGUGGAGCUACGAGGCAACUCCUUUCCUGCCUUCCUGGUGGUGGCAUCAGAAGAUGGUCACAGGGAGCGGAACAGCUCAGACAGGGGCCCCAAGGUGGAGCACACCUAUGAGCUCCACAACAAUGGCCCUGGCACCGUGAGUGGCCUCCACCUCAGCAUCUGCCUCCCUGGCCAGUCCCAGCCCUCCGACCUGCUCUACAUCCUGGAUAUUCAGACCCAGGGGGGCCUUCAGUGCUCCCCCCAGCCCUCUCCCAACCCCCUCAAGCUGGUCUGGAGGUUGCCCACCCCGAGCCCAUCUCCCCAGCACCCAGCCCAUCGCAAUCGGGAGCGCAGAAACACCUUGCAACCACGGCCCAAGCAGUCCUCGGUUCUUCGGGAUCCCAUCCUCGUGAGCUGCGACUCGGCGCCCUAUACUGUGGUGCAGUGUGAGCUGCAGGAGAUGGUGCGCGGACAGCGGGCCAUGGUCACGGUGCUAGCCUUCCUGGGGCUGCCCAGCCUCGACCAGAGGCCGCUGGAUCAGUUCGUGCUGCAGUCUCAAGCUUGGUUCAACGUCUCCUCCCUGCCGUACGCGGUGCCUGCUCUCCGUCUGCCCAGCGGGGAAGCUCUGGUGCGGACGCAGCUGCUCCAGGCCUUGGAAGACAGAGCUGUUCCGAUCUGGUGGAUGCUGGUGGGCGUACUGGGUGGCCUGCUGCUGCUCACCCUUCUGGUCCUGGCCAUGUGGAAGGUCGGCUUCUUCAAGCGGAACCGGCCGCCCCUGGAGGAAGACGUUGAAGAGGAGUGACAAAGAGGAGGAGUGGCAGUCUGUUGGAGCAAGAGGAUUGAGUGUGGUGCCACCAGCCCCCUCUUCUCCAUCCAGUUGGUCCCUAGCUCUGACACCGUGGGCUGGAGCUGUUCCAGGGCACUUUCUGGUGCCCUUCCCCUCCAGCAAAGCUGAGCGCCCUCUUUCCUGUUGCCUAAUAAAGAACCUGAGCCCCA